AUGUGUGGUAUUUUAUUUUCACUUUCAACAGAACAAACACCUGUAGAUGUGGAAGAAUGGGAGAAUUUAAAGGAAUUAAACACCAGAAGAGGUCCCGAUGCUCAAAAUUUGCAUCAAGUUCAUACAAGCCAUCGUAAUCAAGAAUUACUUUUACAGUUCUUUUCAUCCGUUCUUCAUUUAAGAGGAUCAGAAACUGUUCCUCAACCACGAUACAAUUCUCAAACAGGUAAUGUCCUUUGUUGGAAUGGCGAGAUUUUUGGUGGUAUCGAUGUUGAAUUUGGACAUAAUGACACACAGAUUUUGAUGGAUCAGCUUGAAAAGACAACAACAGAAAAUGAUAUACUUGAUGUUUUACAAAAAAUUGAGGGCCCAUUUGCAUUUGUUUAUUACAGAGCAGCAACUCAUAAGAUCUAUUUCGGUCGUGAUUGUUUAGGACGUAGAUCAUUGUUAUGGUAUCAUCCAAAGAAUGGUCCGUUUAUGUUAAGUUCUGUUGGUAAAUCAAAUACAGAAGUUAAAACAGAUAGUGUUUGGGAAGAGGUGCCUGCUAUAGGAUUUUUUAGUAUUGAUCUUCAAUCUGAUAUAAAUGAUACAACAAUGAAAAAUAGUCUCCCUCUUGCAUGUGGAAUUCCUAUCAAACUAUUUCCAUGGAAAUAUGAUAAUGAGUUGGAUUCAUUGGAAACCAAGAGAUUGAGCUUUCCUUUUUCUAGAAUUAAUUCAGCUAUACCUGAAUUAAGUCCUAUAGAAAAAACUAAUGUAGAACCUGCAAUUGAUUCACAAAUGCAGAAAACCAUAGAAGAGUUUAUUUCCAUAUUAGGAGAUUCUGUACAGAAGAGAGUAGCUGACAUACCUUAUUUAAAUACAAAAGGCCAGGCUCGAGUAGCUAUUUUAUUUUCAGGUGGACUUGACUGUAUAUGCUUGGCUGCUUUAGCAAAUAAGUAUUUGCCCAUGUCUGAAUCAAUUGAUUUAUUAAAUGUUGCCUUUGAGAACCCUCGGGUGGAGAAUGCAGCAAAGAUAAGAAAUAAGAAAAACAAAAAGGACCAACAAACUAAGGAGGAUAUGCCAAUAACUCGAUCUAUUUAUGAUACACCUGAUCGUCUAACUGGAAAAGCAGGUGUGGAAGAAUUACAACGUAUUGCACCUGAACGUGUAUGGAAUUUUGUAGAAAUUAAUGUGCCUUAUGCAGAAUCUUUGGAGUUUCGACAAAGAAUUAUAGAUAGAAUGUUUCCAUUAGACACUGUAAUGGAUUUGAGUAUUGCUAUGGCAUUUUGGUUUGCCUCACGAGGAAAAGGCAUCAUCAAUAUUAAUGGGAAAACAAAUGAAUAUGAAAGCCAUGCUCGAGUUUUAUUAUCUGGGUUAGGUGCAGAUGAGCAAUUAGGCGGCUAUUCAAGACACCGAGAGGCAUUUAGACAAGGUGGUUGGGAAAAACUGAUAAAAGAGACACAACUUGAUGUUGAUAGAAUAUCUACACGUAAUUUGGGUCGAGAUGAUCGAAUUAUGUCUGAUCAUGGAAAAGAAGUCCGUUUCCCAUUUUUAAGUACUUAUGUCGUUAACUGGCUUUGUCAACAACCUAUUCAGUUAAAAAUGGAUUUAAGAUAUGAAAGAGGUAUAGGUGAAAAACUUUUAUUAAGACAUGUGGCCCGUAAAUUAGGUUUAAUAAAUGCUAGUCGAAACUGGAAGAGAGCUAUUCAAUUUGGUGCUAAAACAGCUAAAAUGACAGGCGAAGCACGAUCUGAAAAGGGACAGCAUAAAUUAACUGCUAUUAAUCAAGAAGAAAAGAUUGUAUAG